ACUCACUCCCUCUGUCUUCUGUUGCUCAGGGGAUCUCCUGGGCAUGGCCAUGAGGAACCUGGAGAAUCUCCUCCGGAUGCCCUAUGGCUGCGGGGAGCAGAACAUGGCCCUGUUUGCCCCCAACAUCUACAUCCUGGACUAUCUGAAUAAGACGGGACAGCUGAGCGAGGAGACCAAACUCAAAGGCAUUGGCUACUUAGUCAGCGGGUACCAGAGGCAGCUGGUCUACAAACGCUGGGAUGGGUCCUUCAGUUCCUUUGGGAACAGUGAUGAGGAAGGAAGCACCUG